AUGGCAUGGUACUGCUCCGGAUCCACCAACAAUGAGUUGAUCGAGAACCUAUUCAAAGAAGGACUGAUCAAAGACGAGAGAGUCAAACAGGCGAUGAUGGCCGUUGAUCGCGGCCACUAUGCGCCCUCCAGACCAUACUCAGACUCGCCCCAGCCCAUCGGCUACGGAGCGACAAUAUCCGCCCCCCACAUGCAUGGUCAUGCAUGUGAAUACUUGAUUAACCAUCUUAAACCCGGCUCGCGUGUCUUAGAUAUUGGAUCCGGCUCUGGAUACCUGACCCAUGUGCUUGCCUGUCUUGCCGUCGAUACGUCAUCGAGCGACCGCCCGAAGGGACAAGUCAUCGGAGUCGACCACAUACAAGAACUGGUUACGCUGGCCCACGACAACAUGAUGAAGUCCAAGCAAGGGAAAAAGCUACUAGAAACCGAAAGUGUGAAGUUCAUCAAGGCGGAUGGCCGCCUCGGAUGGCCAGAGGGGGCACCCUACGAUGCGAUCCACGUUGGCGCAGCCGCACAAGAGCUUCAUCCACUGCUCGUCGAGCAGCUGAGGUCGCCCGGACGUAUGUUUAUACCCGUCAAUGCCGAGGAUGCUCAAGGCACUCUCGCUCGCACAGUAUUUGGCGGUGGGCAGUACAUAUGGGUAGUGGACAAAAAGGAAGAUGGUUCCAUCCAUAAGGAGAAAGUGUUUCAAGUUAGCUAUGUGCCUCUCACAGAUCCACCAAAAUAG